CACUUAUUUACUUAAACUCUUUGCUAGAAUUUUUUUUAGAAUUCAGCAUCGGAGGAGGAAUGUGACAUAAUAAUGAUCGAAAGCCGAGAGUUUAAAAGUUGUGAUCCCUCAAAUGGUUGGAGGGUUAUUCUAGCCUCUAAGGACUGAAUGUUGUGCACAAGAGUGUCUCAUCAGGUCAUACAUUGUGCAUCUGGGGGAGGUGUUGUAGCCAUUGACAACAAAAUAGAACAAGCAAUGGAUCUGGUGAAAAGCCAUUUGAUGUAUGCAGUGAGAGAAGAGGUGGAAGUUUUAAAGGAGCAAAUAAAAGAAUUAGUAGAAAGAAACUCCUUACUUGAACGAGAGAAUGCACUGUUAAAAUCUCUUUCAAACAAUGAUCAGUUAUCCCAGCUCCCUGCCCAACAGGCCAACCCUGGUAGCACUUCUCAGCCGCCGGCAGCCACUGCGCAGCCUCCUCAGCCAGUGCAGCCUCCACAGCAGCCGAAUGUCUCCUCAGCGUGAGCUUUCCAAGCGUCGUGCGGAAAAAACCAGAAAGCAGUCUUUCCCGUGUGCCACCGCUGUCCUUCCCACUUUACACGAAAGCAAGUAGCCAUGCUUUGGUGGUGUGUUUGGCCUUCUCAGUAUUAGACAAUCAUCCUACAAGAGCUUUUCCUCCACGACGCCACGCGGCCAGUGGCGUCCUCGGCCGUCUGUCCCCUGGAGGACGCCAGAUGGGUUUGUUAGAGCAGAGUCUGCAUCUGCCCUGGUGCACAUGGGUGGACUCCCCUGAGCCUUCUACCACAUUAUACCUAUCACUUCAUCUAAAGAGCCACCUUUCCUUUCAGUAUCAGAAGCAUUUGCCUACAUAAGUUUUCUUUUUUGUGUGUGUUUUAUUUAUUACAGGGCUGCUAUUUUCAUAAUGUACAUGAACAAUGUCACAGAAAUUUUUUAAUUUUUUUGAAUAAUUAUAAGUGUCUGUAAAGCAAUUGAAAGACAGGAUUUCAUUUCAUAGAUAAAACGUUUAGGCAAUAAUUGAACAAAAGAAUCCUGGCAUUCUAUCUAACACUAAUGGCAAUUUACCUUUGGUAUUUAUUUUCUGUAGUAAAGACCCAGCUCGAAUGUAAAUUUUGUAUAGUGUAAGUAUGAAGAACACAGUGCAUCUGUACAGACAGUCACCAGUUAUUGUGAUAUAAUAAAUAAUUGGGCUAUUUUGAUGAAGAAAA